AUGUCUCGAGCAAUCAGCGUCAGGUUGCCCACGAUGCUCCUGCUAGCCCUCGCCACAGUCCUCGCCGUCAUCAUCACACCCGCCACCACAGAACCAGCCCGCUGCUGGCUCCCUGGUGGAAGGCCCAUCGAGGACGACAAGAAUCCCAUCCGGCCGUGCGAGUGGAACAAGGGGGUUAGCGGUCUCGUGGCCAGCGUCAACGGCACCUGCUGCGCACGCGGCCAGGGCUGCCUCGUCAACGGCCUUUGCGUAGAUACGGACAAGUCGGAAAUCUGGCAAGGUGGCUGCGUUAACCGCAACGGAGAUUUUUGCAUGCAGGAUUGCGAGGCAAAAUAUAACCCCCAGAGGCUUGAGAAGUGUGGCAGCGAAAGGAAGGAUUAUUAUGCAUGUCCGGGAAAGAAGGAUGACUGUGGUGAUGAGGAUGCAACGCUUUUUAAAGUCAAAGACUAUGUCAUCCUCGGCACUGUCUCGGACGAGCGCACCGUGACAACAUCGUCUACCACAGAGAGCAGCAGUAGCACCAGGAGGAGCACGUCUUCUUCAUCGGAAACCACCACCACCACCAACGAUCCCCAACCGGCAACUACAGCCUCUGGACCAGCCGAGACCGUGACCAGGACGCUGCCCCCGGACGAGUCCCAGGGACCUCUCCCCACCGACAACAGCACCAGCAGCGAGGACAACAGCCAGACCGAGGAGCCGAGGCACGACAGCGACCCGUCCGGCGUCGUCCCGCUCGCGGUGGGCGUCUCGAUCGGGGCCGUGGCGCUGGUGGCUAUCGUCCUCGGCGGCUGCUGGUGGCACCGGGAUAGGGUGCGGCGGGAACCGGCGCGGGCCGAGACCCCGCCCCAGACCACGGGUCCGAUUGCCGACUCGAGGGAUUUUAUUUACUUGCCUGAGCGGGUAGAGCGCCAUGGACGGAUGAGGGGAUUCUGA